AUGAAUGCAACCAUAUCGCUAGACCAGCCUGGCAAUGUGGCGUACACCAACCUCGACAUCAUCUCUGGACGAGUAGUUGUGCGCACCGCGAGGCCUGCCGACAUCAGCAAAAUUGAAGUGAAGCUUGAAGGAGAGUCCAGGACCCGGUUGCUGUCUCCUCAAGGACCAAAUGGAGAAAGGCCCAAACCGAUGGUUGAGUAUCACAAGAUUCUGUAUCGAAUACAGACUGUCUUUCCGCCAACGGAUAUCAUGGAGAGUAGGGCUCACGCUUCGGCUAAAGCUGCCUAUACGCUUCCUCCGGGUCAGCAUGAGUAUCCGUUCAACUUCAAGAUCCCUUUCAACAACAGCUGUUCAACGCAAGCAAUUGCGAUGCCGAUGAUGAUUGGAAUGGAGAUCGCAAGGCCUGCGACUCGCCAUGUGAAGCGCACCCUACCACCGACUCUCAGCGGGUUUCCUGGAGAGGCAGAAAUCAGAUACUUUGUGAAAGUGACUGUCAACAGACAUUCAAUCUUCAAGGAAAACCCUAGGGCUUAUGUGCCUUUCAACUUCUUUCCUAUCGAGCCACCAAGACCUCCUUCGACCGGAUCUGAAGUCUUUGCACGACAGAAGCAUCUCUUCGAUUCCUUUCCAGACGGUGGCGCAUCAUCCGCCCCGGACUCGCCACUUAACGGUGGCUCUCCCUUCAUCAGCAUAGAUGCACGACUACCAGAGCCUGCGGUACUCACGUGCAAUCAAGACGUACCACUAAGGCUCAUGCUUAAGAAAUUAAACGACUUCAGCGAACCCAUUUAUCUCCAAUCGCUCCAGAUAUCGCUCAUCAGUUAUACCAAAAUCCGGGCGCAUGAUGUGUAUAGGACUGAAAGCAAUAGCUGGAUUCUCGUCAGCAGAAGCAACAUGGGAGUGCUUAUUACGCAGACGGCAGACGGAGCAGAUGCAGGGGCAGAGAGCAUUAUUGACAAUGGAUUAUGGAGGUCGCAAGUGCUUCCCAACACGGUGGCUCCAAACUUCACAACCUGCAAUAUCGAGCGAACACACCAGCUUGAUAUCCGGAUAGGGCUAAGUUGUGGAGGUGCCACCUCCAAGGCCUCGACCGUUGUCCUUCCUCUGCGUCUUGACACUUUGGUGUACUCCGGCAUUGCACCUCCGCCUGAGGUCGUCGCACACUCUGACUUUGGCGCGAACCAAAUACCACCGACUCCAAUCGAGACCCCAGGUUCGAUGUCACCGGCCUGGCCUGCGCAAGCAGGACCCUCGACAUUGCCUCAGUAUGAUGAUGCUCCGCCGAGUUACGAAGACGCCAUUGCCCAGAAUGCUCCGCCAGUCACCGGCGCCAGACCACAGUAUGCGCCCCCACCACCUGUUGAGGACCGUAUUCUGGGUGAAGCCGAUGAGAAGAAAGGUUGGGUGGGAUGA